UCGUAAAGUGUCAGAGUAUUUAGUUUGAAAAUAAUGAACGAUUUUUUGAAGCGUUCACUGUUUUAACAACAUUGUCCCUAUUUUUCGUUGCUUUUCAACAUAUUCUCAUCAAAAAUUAAGCUCUCUUAUAAAUUCUAAAAUAAAUUUGUUGCAAUUUCUAAAAAUUUUGGAGAUAAAAAUACGAAAAAUUGAUUUUUCAAGUUUCGAGGACGUCAAGAUGGGAAAGAAAAAAAUUUUGCAACCUUCGGUUCCAGGACUUAUGAAAAUUGAAGUCAAAGAUGAAAUAGGUGACAACGAUGUAGUCGUUGCUAGGGACAGACUUAAAGGAGCACUUCGAGAAAUAUUGCAUCACAGUGACGAGGGUUCAUCAGCCGACUCAAGCGAAGAUGCUUCACAAGAAUACAGAUCAAAUUUUAGAAAAAUAGACACAAUGCGUCCAAAGAUGAACUUCGCCAACCGAAAAGUGAAAAGACGUCGACAAAUGCCAAUGGAUCCCGCUUUCCAUCAUACUUAUGUGAUGAAACUUUUUGAUCGAAGUGUCGACCUGGCUCAAUUUCGAGAAGACACUCCUCUCUAUCCAAUUUGCAGAGCCUGGAUGGCGAAUCAGCCUCGAAAUCCAAAUUUGAUUCCAAAAGCUCGUUCACCAAGUCCGGAGAUGGCCAGAGAUGAGAAUUCCGAAGAAUCACUUUAUGAUUCAAAUGGAGAGCUCAAGGAAGUUUGCACUUUACCGCGUCCUUUGCCAAGCGAGGAAGCGUUUCCGAAAAAUAGGAUUCCUUCUCCCAUUCCAACCGAAAGGGAGGAACUCAACUUGGAUUACGACGGACAAACACUCAAGUCGAAAGAGGAGCUAUGGAAACAGCACAAACAGCAUUGGAGUGCUUUGCGCAAAAAGUGGCACCAGCAGGCUCACAAAAACGAGGCGCGAUUUGCCAAGAGCGCGAACAUCCUCGGUACCAUUUUCAAAAAGUUCGUAUCUAUAUCAUUUAUCACUUAUAUUCGUCAAUCUAGAUUCUCACUUUUCUGCGGGGGGGAAAAAUAGUAUUUGAAGACUAAAAUUAAACGUAAUAUAUUAAUAUUGGUAAUAAUAGCUAUAAUAAUCGUAAUAAUAGUUAUAACAACGUAACAUUUCUCAUUUCAGGGCGCAAUCGGAAUACGAGUAGGACUCGGUGCAGUGUUUUAUUUCGCGACUUUCGCUGACACUUUUAUACAAAUAUACCACCACUUUAGUUAGUAGGAAAUUUACCCUAGGACGCUCUUCGAUGUAUCGCCUAAUCGUAGUAGGAAAACUAUUCGUAUAUAAACUUUUAUAAAAUCGGAGAUACGCCAGAGAAAUGAGGCGAAUAAAUGACCAGACCUAACAUCAAGGCAGGGAUAGAUACAAA